GAUGGCACGCCUCAACUGGUCUCCAGAGGGUUCCAUCUUCACACUGCUCUGCUUGGAGAUCAGACUUCAGCAGACAAACCUUUAACAAGCUGUUACCGCCAAAUGGAUACUUCCAGGCCCCGAGAGAACCCCAGGAGACUUAGAGGUGCAGACUUUGACAUUGACUGGUUCCGCAAUACCACCUUUCCCAUGUUUAACCUAGGCCUUUGCGCCCUGGCCGGAUAUGUAUGGAAAGAUCCGGGUUCAAGCUGUUUGUCAUAUCAGGAACUGCAGAGCGCUAGGCCAACUUGUGGGCAGGACUGCCAAGAACAGCAACUUGCAGCCAUCCAGCUCUGUGGGACUUGCCGAGGGGAGCAGAGCAGUGGCUGGUAACUGUGCAGCUGGUGACGUCAUGACAAGCGAGGUGAUCGAAGAUGAGAAACAGUUUUAUUCGAAGGCCAAGACCUACUGGAAGCAGAUUCCGCCCACGGUGGACGGCAUGCUCGGGGGGUAUGGCCACAUCUCCAACAUCGACCUCAACAGCUCCCGGAAGUUUCUGCAGAGGUUUUUAAGGGAAGGCCCAAACAAGACGGGGACUUCCUGUGCCCUGGACUGUGGUGCUGGCAUUGGAAGGAUCACCAAGCGCCUGCUCCUGCCGCUCUUCAGGGUGGUUGACAUGGUCGACGUGACGGAAGACUUUCUGGCCAAAGCCAAGACCUACCUGGGGGAAGAGGGCAAGAGGGUGAGGAACUACUUCUGCUGUGGGCUGCAGGACUUCAGCCCUGAGCCCAGCUCCUAUGACGUGAUCUGGAUCCAGUGGGUGAUAGGCCACCUGACGGAUCAGCACCUGGCUGAGUUUCUGCGCCGCUGCAGGCGGGGCCUGCGCCCCAAUGGCAUCAUUGUCAUCAAAGACAACAUGGCCCAGGAGGGUGUGAUCCUGGACGAUGUGGACAGCAGUGUGUGCCGUGACCUCGAGGUGGUCCGCCGGAUCAUCCGCAGUGCAGGCCUCAGCCUCCUGGCUGAGGAGCGCCAGGAGAACCUGCCAGAUGAGAUCUAUCACGUCUACAGCUUCGCCCUGAGAUGAAGCCAGGGCCAGCAGCUGGCAGGCCAAGAGACACCUGCCACCCACCAAUGACUCCAGUGGGAAGGGACAAGCCCCAGGGGAGGUGUGCCCUGGAUUGGGGCAGUGCAGCCCUGUCACUCCAAAGCACCCUGGCGACUCCCUGCAGGGCCUAUGGGAAGCUGAGUUGUCCCCACUGGACCAGCCGCCUAAGGGGAAAGACUUCACUUGGUUGCCUAGGACCUGAAGUGUGUGGACUGCUGUGUUUCAGGACAGCCAGGCAAGCCACACAUGGUACCCGCCAAAAGGUACCACUUACGGGAAUGGUCACAGCCCCAAAUCCUCUUUGGUGAUGGGUCAUAGCAGCCUGUAGCUCCUCCCGGACAGGCAUGUGCAGCCAAUAAAAGGGUGAGCCUUGUUCUCAAAUGCC